CGUCAUUAGCGCGCGACACAGCGUGCAGCCUGUGAAGGACGCCGAAGAGCGGAUUUGGGAUGAAAUAAGUUAAAAUACAAGGUCUCUGUGAUGGCGGUGUCCUGUUUAACUCGAGCCCUUCGGUCCUUGUCUGUGUCCCAGCCUGCUCUGCUCUCAGCUCAGGCUGUGGUUCAGACUAAACCGGGUCCUCAGUGGUUCUGUGGGGUCGGACCGUGCAGAGGUUUCAUCACCACGGCCGUUCUGGAUCAGAACCGGGCUCAGUGGAAGCAGAGGGAGAAAUACACGGUCAAACCCAUCGGCAUGAAGAAAACCGGAGGCAGAGAUUACACAGGACGGAUCCGGACCCAUGGCAUCGGCGGCGGACACAAGCAGAAAUACCGAUGGGUCGACUUCCAGAGGCUGAGAUACGAAGACGGACAGGAGGCGAAACCGUUCGAGGAGAGGGUGGUGGAGGUCCGAUACGACCCCUGCAGAUCGGCCGACAUCGCACUGGUCGCUGGAGGAAGCAGGAAGCGGUGGAUCAUCGCCACGGAAACCAUGGAGGAGGGAACCAUCAUCAAAACAUCUGGAGUGAUCGGACGCAUGGCAGUUUCGGCCAAUGAGGGCGAUGCGUAUCCUCUGGGGGCGUUGCCUAUCGGGACGCUGGUCAACAACCUGGAGGUGGAGCCAGGGAGGGGGGCGGAGUACAUACGGGCCGCAGGUACCAGUGGAGUUCUGCUGCGUAAAGUCAACGGCACCGCUAUCGUCCAGCUUCCAUCCAAACAGCAGGUUCAGGUCCUGGAGACCUGCAUGGUUACGGUGGGACGCGUCUCCAACAUCGACCACAACAAACAAAUCAUCGGUAAAGCCGGACGCAACCGCUGGCUCGGCGUGCGUCCGUCCAGCGGACUGUGGCAGAGGAAAGGGGGCUGGGCCGGACGCAAGAUCAAGCCCCUCCCCCCGAUGAAGAGCUACGUCAAUCUGCCGUCAUUGUCGGCCAAAUGAAACCAACGUAACCACGCCCCCUGUUCUGUGCCUGUUCCUGUCCUGUCCACCGGGGGCGCUGCACACUCACCUCUCAGCAUGGUGUGCUGGUGUUUGGCGGUGCAGAUCAAGCGGCUGAUGCCGUCGAUCACUUGGCUCUUGGAGUCCAGCUCUUUCUCCUUC